GGAGAGGAAUGAACUUCCGCAAGAGCACCGUUACUCUACAUCUGAGGGUGCCAUAUCGUAUUUCAACAGCCCAGACGUCAGCUUCCAGAACCAGCAUGUUAUGCUGCCCAUCCUGCAAGAUUCUAGCAUUGAUGAAUACAUGAGAGGUAUGUGUAAUGAUCUUUAUCCUUCAGAAGUUCCAGUUGUCCUUAACAUUUCUCAGGCUAAGCAUGCCCAAGAUUGUUCAAACUCGAGACCCAUACAUUGAUCUCGCUUUCUCUAUUGACUAAUGACUAUCCAUCAAAUUAAAGAUUGUGUCAAACUAUCCUCUACUUCUGUUUUAUUUUAACAUAUAUCUUGCACCAGCUAUAUAGGAUGUUAUGUUGGCAUAGAAAAUAGUUUUUUUAGUCUUGUAGUUUUAGAGUUCACUUUGGUAAUAGAAGUUACUGUUUUAUAAGGGCUAAAAAUAGCUCAUUGACAAUUGCUACCAUGUGGUUCUAUCAAGUAUCAAUCUCCAGAAUGCAGCAAAAUUACAUUUCGUAGUAAAUUUAUUACAGGCCAUGCCCUUUCGCAACAACUGCAUAUUGCACCUGAUUUCCUUUCUGGGGUGAACAGCGUAGAGCUCAAGAGAAACUCAUGGACUUGACAAAUUGAUAGCUGAUAUAUUGAGAUCGUAUGAUCAUAGGCAUGCUAUAUUAUAUAACUUCCGCCAAAACAAAAUUUUUUUGUGUGACAAUGGAAACUUGUCAUUAGUUAUAUAGCAAUAUCGUUGCCAUUAUCUGCAACUGGAUUGCCAUUUGAUAGCAGUUAGCAUCAAUGUAAACUUUAAUGCAAUCCAAUAUCCAUACUCCCUCCGUCCCAAAAUAAGUGUAGUUUUAGGAUUCAAAAUUUGUCCCAAAAUAAGUGUAGUUCUCGCUUUCCAAUACAACUCUAUCUCUAUCUCUCUCCUCUAUUCCUCCUUGCUUCAUGUGCACUCCCUACUUUUUUACCCCUCCUUAAUUCCCGUGCCCAACUCCUAAAACUACACUUAUUUUGGGACAGAGGGAGUAUGUAUGAUAGUAUAUUAGUAUUUGAAUUAUCCUCGUAUACUUGACUAAAAGUCAUGGUUUAUUUUAAUGCAACCCAUGUUUGGCCUAACAAUAAAAAUUGUUUCAUCAAAUAUAAAUGCAAGCAAACUCAUAAUUUGCUUCACCAAUUCUGGACACUUCUAAAUGCAGAUGGUCAUUAUUUGACUCCUGAGUAAUGGAUUUUGCAAGUAUGGUAAUGGUUUAACCACUACCAGCCUUCCUGCUGGUUGGGCUCAUUGUGUACUAUGUGUAGUGGAAACAAGGGUCUUACUGAUAGAGUGGCACAAUGAACUUCUAAAACCUUAAUCAAUUGAUGCGCCACAUGCUGUUAUUUUGUGUAUGAUUUUUGAGUGAUUUUCGAAACCUCAAUUAUGAUUGCUAGCUUGAUUUUGAGUUGAAUUCCUUGAUGAUCAACUGGCAGAUUAUUCAUCAAAUGACAAUUCGUUUUUCUCAAAUUGGUUCUGUAAUAGUAGUCUAACAUAACUUUUGCAACUAAUACUCCUUCCCGUCACAAAUUACGAGUAUUUUUUAUAGAUUUUUUCAUAAGAAUAUAAAUUAUCCUAUGUGUUACAAAUAUAUUAUGACAAAAAACUGUAGUCAAAGUUGUAUUUUGGAGACUAUCGAUGUCCAAAAUGCCACUUGUUUGUUAAUCGAGGGAGUACAUGGUAUUGAGUUGGGAUCCCAGAAAUUGGGAGUGCAAAUGUGGCUUCAUUUAGUUUGCAAAAAUUUUAUGCCAUAGCUGGAUGAUCAUAUGUUUCCAGAUUUAGUUUUAGAUUCCAGAUUGCUGGUUGCAUAGUUUUUCAUGAUGGCUCCUGGAAUCUGAAUUGUCUGGUCUUUUGAUUAAAUGAUCAUCAAGUAUCAGUUAUAUUGUUAAAUGCAUUUUAGAGAUAUAUGGCUACCUGUUACCACCAUCAAAUUUAGGAGUGAUCAUUUAUCCCCAAGGGUUUUCCUGGUACGGAGUAACCAACGCCAUGCCCAUGCUCAAUGAUUAUUGUCUUAAACCGACACUUGAGCUUGGAUCUUGCAUGAUAUCCAGCAUUGGCAACAUGUUGAGAUGUGAUCCCUGAUGAGUUAUAUUUUCUGUGUUAAAAACAUAUGCACCAUAAAAUGUUUUGGCAACAUGCUAACUUUGGGUGCUAGGUCAAUUCAGACUUCACGGUGUGUCUGAGCCAUAAUUAAUUAGCAAUGGGUCACUGAACAUUGCCCCCUGAAACGAAUGUUCCUAGUGGUGGUUGCCUGGUUGGUAAAAUUUAUAAAAACCUUCCACUGGCUCUAUAAAAUGACUUCUUGUUGUCAUGGUGCUGCAUGUUAGGACUUAGGAUUCUAUAUCAUACGUUGUAGGUAUAGGUGCCUGUAGUAGGUUCUGCAACUGGUCGCUACUAGGCUCCCCAACUCUCCUUCUAUUAAUGCAAUGAUAUGCAGCUCUCCUGCAUAUUCGAGAAAAAAAAGUAGGUUCUGCAACAUGACUUGAUGCCAGAGGAAUGAGGAGAGGCUGAACAUGAUGGAGAGAGUUUUACUGCAUUUCUUAUUGCUGUGUCAUGGAUAAAAUUACCCUACAAAUAAUACCAGCUUCUUAUGAUAUAGAAACAAGAUAGAAGAAAAUAUUGAAGAUAUGCUAUUGAAAGAACAGCUAUUCGCGUGCUCUGUGCUCCCCUACUGUUACCUUUUCUGUUGUUGCUGUUAGGCUGUGGACGUAAUAACUACGAUGAAUUCGUUAAUGUUUUUGAAAUAUAUUAAAUUGCUACAGCAUCUGAGACUUUUAGGUGGUAAGUGUUAUGUACUUAUGUCACUUAUAUCUAGUCUUCUUGUUUGUACGAUACUCAUAAUUUCCUAUCAUUCCACAAUAACCCCACAUGUUAUAUUGUCACUAGUUACUUUGAUAUUGUGAUUGUUUUGGAUAAGAUUUACUGGUCUAUUCAAUUAUCUACCUGAUUGAUAUGUUCUUUCUUUCUAGCUGAACCAUUUGAGUAUCUCAACUCUGAAUAACCCUUUUCUUUCAGGCAAAGUAGUUCACAUACCAAUACGAUAGCAGUGCAAAGUUACUAAUGUGUUGGCAAAAUCUAUAAUUAUUUCGAAAUAUUGCAUUAUUGAAUGAUCAAUAACUUGUGGCAUGGUUGUGGUCAGUGUUUCAAAGGCGUGGCCUAGGUGCCUGGGUUGACCCAUCUCGCCUUGGGCAAUAGUGAUGCCUUGUUGCCUAGGCGUCCAGAUGUGCCCAGCUCGCCUUGGGUCGCCUUGUCACCUUUAAAAUACUCGUUGUAGUUUCAAUUAUUAGUAUACAAUUUUAUGGUCAGCAUGAAUGCAAGAUUGUGCAUUUGCUACUCCGCUUAGAUUAUCUAUGUAUCUCUUCAAAGUGUUUUUUUGUUCUGUAAUAUAGUUUCUUUUAUCAUUUGUACCUUUAUCACAUGGCUAAAGGGCUCUGUUCGUUUCUUCUGGAUGAGCAUUUUUUAUAUUUUUUUGAAUUGCUUAAUACAGUGAUUGUGUAUCAUCACGUGGGCAUGGCUAUGGCAGAACUUUACAACAAGAUCAGCUGUGUUAAUGAUAUUUUUUACUAUGCAAUUUCAGUUGCUGAGCCGAUUGGGGCUUUAUUGCUGUCAGAGGGAAUAUCAGGACAGCAGAAUAGUGGUGGUUCCACCUCCUCUCGUUCCGAGGGAAGUGAAUGUGAUAUAGUACCUAAAUCAUACUCAUCAACUCCCUGCAACUUCCCAAGUCGUCGAUCAUUCUUGUCAAAGCCAGUCCAUCCUCUUUCAUUUCCAGAACAUGCACUAGAAGCACAAGGAAAUCAAAGUCCUGUUGCCAGCGCGAGCUCCAACAAUCCUCUGCACUCUGAGUAUAAGGGAACAGGAGAGGUUUGCUCUCCAGGUCCCAUGUACUAUGGCAGUGGCAAUCAUGGGGAGUUAGGAAAUUGGAGUGCUGCAAGUAGCAUGGAUCUUACUGAUGUAUCAGAACGACCUGAAGCUGAUCGAGCUGGACCACUGCGUUCUAAUAAUGUAAUGCAGAAAACAAGAUGCGACCUCUGUGAGAGGUUUUUGACUAAGAGAUCACCAUGGGGUUCUCGUCGAAUUGUGCGCACUGGAGAUUUGCCGGUUGCUGGUGUUCUCCCAUGCUCCCAUGUCUACCAUGCUGAGUGCCUGGAGCGGACAACUCCAAAGGGGCAGAAGCAUGAUCCUCCUUGCCCUGUGUGCGACAAGCUGGCUGGUAAAGAUACCGAGCACUGGUCGAUUUGCAGGUUAAAAAACGGAUUCCCAAGAUUGCGUUCCCUAGGGGAAGGGCCUUCUCGAGUUUGGAGCUGUGCUCAUGCUGGAGAUUGUGUUGCUGGGGCUGUCCAGAUACCAAGAUCAAAUAGCAUUGCACUAUUAACUCGGAGUGGUCACAAGAGGCAUGCUUCUUUGAAGGGAGAUCCUGGGAAAGACUUGGCUGAAACAUCAAAAAGUGCUUGCAUGUAGCGUCCUAGUGCACUUCCGUAGGUAAUGUUCAUGACCUUGCAUUGUUGUGUUAGCAAGGUAAGGUGUAUGGGCACAGAUGUUGCCAUGGCUUGAUGGUCCGGCUAGGAAAUGACAUAGAUAUGCAUGUGUAGCUGACUAAAUUGACCUCCUAUCCGUUAUUGGGAUUGCCACUUCUGCAUGUUGCCUUGUAUCUGUGCCGAUUUUUUUUUUAUGUGCUGACACUGUUCGCGAUGAAGUUGUAUCUGCUGGGAAUGUAAGUAGAACCGUGGGUCAACUAAUAUCUGUAACUUACAAUCCAGUUCUACAAGAACUGUCACAUCCCCUACUUUGUAACUUU